GACUAAAAGCACACAAAAAACAAAAUGAAGAAAUUCCACGGCCACAAACACGGUCUAAAACUAGCCACCGCCGAGGAUUCCGGCGAGAAGACCUGCUCCGUCUGCGAGCAAGACCUCUCGGACGCCACGGCCUUCUCAUGCACGAAGCGCGACUGCGACUUCAUCCUCCACCAAUCGUGCUCCGAACUACCAAAAAAGCUGAAGCACAAGUCCGACCCUAACCACUCCUUCUCCCUCCUCUCCGAGCCUCCGGAGCACAGCCUCUACUACAGCUGCGACGCCUGCGGCGACCUCAUCCAAGCCUUCGGCUUCCAGUGCGACGAAUGCGACCACAGAAUGCACGUGAAAUGCGCUCUCCUGCCCGACUCGGUCGAGUGCAAAGCGCACGAGCACGCUCUCAAACUUCACUACACCACCACCAAGGCUAACGUCGACGGCUGCACCUUCUUCUACUGCGACGCGUGCGACGAGGCCGUGACGGAGGGAUACUGGACUUACUACUGCAAGGAGUGCGAUUUUGUUACCGAUUUGGAUUGUGCCUUUUCUGCUGAAGCAAAGGAGAAAGAAGAAGAAAAAGAAGAAGAAGACAAAGAGGAAGAGGAAUUGCCUAUUGAAUUGCAGCUAGCGAAGGCGAGAAUUGACAUGGAGAAUCAGAGGGCUAGGCUGGAGUUUCAGAUGCAAAUGGCGCGGCAGAAUGCGCAGUUCAUGAACAGCCUCGCCAAUUCAUGGAGGAGAACCUUCUGAUUCAUCAUGUUCAUGGAGUAUCUUGUUUGUGUGUUCGGGUUGUUGGUUCAAUUUAGUCUUUGAAUGUUUGUUUGUUUGUUUGUUUGUUUAUAUGCAUCAUUCUACUAUGUAUUGUAUGGUCAUCUCUCUAUAUGGUGAUGAUUUUCAAUGAAUGCCACUUUAUAAUCAAUGCAAUAUAAGGUACUCCCUCAGUCACUUAAA